AGAAGAAGAAGUUUAGCUAGAAAAACGUGGUUGAACGCGAAGGACAGCAGUAUGGUCUAUUCAUUUCUAAAUAAGCUGUGUAACUAUGAAAAAUGGGACAACUACGAUGAGGAAGAACAAGAAAAUCUUACACAGUCUUGUUCAGAUGAUGAAAACAAUAGCGAAGAAGUGUCAGUAAGCAUAGGAACUUCGAAGGAGAGCAAAGCAGGAACGAUGAAUUGCAAGCUGCGACCAACGCCGAAUGGAAGAAUCUAUUUCUUUCGACCAUCUCUCUUGAAUUUCAUAUUUCUUCUGAUUUUCAUAUUUCUGGUAUACCAUUGGAUUUUCUCCAAGCUCGACAAAAUUCACAACCUUCGUAGGACGCCGAUAGAGGAUGCAUUCAAUCGUAGAAUCUCGCUCUUCAUGUCAUAUCAGGGCAGGAAUUUAAACUUCACAGUGUUCAAGAGACGCGCUCUCGAAGGACGAGUUGGGGAUUUCUCUUGUUCUUCGUCAAUACAUCCAAGCAAGUGCGCCUUUCAUGUGGACAAUCUCAUUCAAGCCAUACAAAUAUGUAAGGUCUAUGAUGAUGUUUGUAAAGGGUUUGUUUUAACGGAGGAAAAAGGAGGUUUGGUGAUUUAUCUGAAACACGAUGUUGCGAGAGUGCAUAAAAGUAAUGACUCUGCACUUUUCGUCAGGACAUGCUUUGUGCCAAAAGAGGGAUUUGAAUUGAUGACUAACUUGGAUCUGACCUAACCUGCUUUAUCAUUAAAGCUUGGUCAGGGAGAAGUCGACUAAAGAUCUUCGUGCACUUAUUAGUGAAAUUUGUUGGAAACAUAAUGACAGAUGAGGAAUGGUUUGGACACAAAGACUAAAAAGGCAGCACAGGAAGGAAGGAAGGAAGGAAGGAAGGAAGGCGGAACGAAUGAACAAGUAAGGAAAGGAAAAGAAUGGCAAAGCAAGGCAAGGCAAGGG